CUUGCGAAACUGCCAUUCCAGUACAGCUCUUUGUACGCAAGCUUGUCAAGGAGAAUAGAACCCGCAAUCAAAAGGAAUAGCUGCCAUCUGAGAAUGAAGAGCAUAUUCGUAAUUGCCUGUGCCGCCUUGCUGGUGGCCAGUAUCAGUGCCGCUAGUGUGCCCGGCGUGCCAACCUCCAUUAAUAAUCAGCUGUAUCGUCGCUAUGUGUGCGUCGACAAGUCGGACGGCUUCAGGGCUCUUGUGCCGGGAAGCUGCUCUCAGUACUACGAGUGUCAGGGAGGACAGGCGCUGGUAAGCACCUGCUCCCGCUUUUUCGACGCCAAGGUCCAGGGAUGUGUCAACUACAACACUGGAUGCAUUGCAGUACAGUCAUCGGCGUUGGUCACAGAAGAUGUUGAUUCUGCCUGCACACCGACACCCUGUCCGACGACCACCGUAUCACCCUGUGUUACCACACCGUCUGCACCAACAACUUGUUCGACAACGACAUGUUCGACAACGACAUGUUCGACAACGACAUGUUCGACAACGACAUGUUCGACAACGACAACCACAACAUGUUCGCCAGAGACCACCACAUCCUGUGAUGAGACUACUACAGUCUGUGGGGAGACUACGACUACAUGUUCGACAGAGACCACCACAUCAUGUGAUGAGACUACUACAGUCUGUGGGGAGACUACGACUACAUGCAGCGGAGCCAGCGCAGCUGUCAAGGUCAAGCCCGCCUCCAUGCAAGUGAGACCCCCUCGUCCUACCCGUCCCGCCGGAUUACUUAUGGAGGCAAUGCAGCAGCAGGUCGCGCCUCAAGCCCAGGAGCUGAACAUCUUCACCUACACUCACUACGUGUGCCGUAACAAGCCCGACGGCUUCAUGAUGGCCUCCCUGAAGAGCUGCAACGACUACUACAUCUGCCGCUACGGCAAGCCCCUGCAGGUGAGCUGCGGCGACAAGUAUUUCAACGCCCUGAAGGGCAUCUGCGAUCUGCCCGAGAACACGCGCUGUGUGCAGCCCUCGGCCUAGACCUGGCGUAGACGAUAACGAUAACGAUCACGAUCACGAUAGCCCAUAACAAUCGAGCAGCACCACCUAACCCCACCUUGAUAUACUAUGUCUAAUCGAUUCUAUCCAAGCCUAUAAUAUAGUCAAAUAAACGAGUAUGCAAAGCUACAAAAAUGUACAA